CUCAGACCAAGGGGAAAGGGUAGAAGACAUGGUCAGACCUAAAGCUCCCUUCCCGAGUAAGUUCCUUAGCCAAAAGUCUAGGAAUAAAGCCUUAGAUCAAGAACUUUUAGAUACCUUUAAGAAGGUAGAGAUCAAUUUGCCCCUCUUAGAAGCCAUCAAACAAGUGCCUAAAUAUGCAAAAUUCUUAAAAGAGCUGUGCACUAAUAAGAAAAGACUUUCGGGGAAUGAAAAAAUCCAAAUGAGUGAAAAUGUUAGUGCUGUUUUUCAAAAUAAAAUGCCUCAAAAAUGCAAAGAUCCUGGGGUUUUUUCUAUUCCUUAUGAAAAUCCACCUAUGAUUGAAAAUGAUUAUCAAUUUAAUGAAGGAGAUUUACAGUAACUUUGAUUAUCAAGAGAAUUAUUCCUCUCCUUAUUCCUCAUUUUGCCCUAUUAAUAAUUUUGAUGCGAUUAGUAAUGAAUUAAAAUCAAUAAAAAAUGACAUGGAUCGCAUUAUAAGAAAUUGAAUUGGGCAAAUAGAAUUAAAAAGAUAUACUAACCUUGAUUUUGAUGAAUUUCUUAAGAAGAAGGGUUUAGUAAAUGAAGAAGGAAAUUGGAAAUCUCUAUGCAUUAUUAGAAUUCAAACCUAAUGAACCUAAUAAAAUUCAUCACAAUGAAUGGUUAGCUAAUGAAUUUGAGGAUGAGGAAAUUGAGAUGGAUAAAAUUGUUGAAUCAAACAUAGCGCAAGAAGGAACACCUUCUUUAGGCCAACCACCUCAAUAUGAGGAAUUUGAUGAAAAUGAAUAUUAUCUCGAACAAGAAAAUCUUUGGGCUGAUUUUGAAAAUGAAUAUCAAGAAACAUUGAAAAACUUGCUUGAUAAAGGUAUUCUUGUUCGAGUAAAUAAUGAAAAUCACAAUAAUGGGUUGGAGGGAGUAAUGCCCGAGGAAAACCUUAAUGUUUCUCCAUUAGGUAUAGAAGAGAAAAGAGACGAUCAAGGACUUGUUUGUUCGUCUCUCAAUGAGGGAAAUGGAGAACAUAAAAGUGAACUUAAGGUAGAAUUUUUACAAAAGUCCGAGGGCAUUGAUCAUUUAGGGGGCUCUGUUGAAUUUGACCAGAAUGUAUAUCUUGAAGAGAGUCCCUUAGAAAAAAUCAUUCAAAGAGACCUUGACUCACUGAAGAUUUUUCCACAAAAAAAGGGUCUCUUUGAACCACUUUUCGUGAAGUCGAGCAUCCCCAAGGCUUUACCUUUAUUAGAAUAUCUUUUAUGCUUGGGGGUGAUCAGUUCUUUUUAUAGAAUUUUCACUAUUCCUUGGCUUCACUAAUAUCUAGGUCUGCGCCACCUUACGGUGGUUAUUCGGAAAAAGUUGGGGACUCUCGAGGAGAGUGCUCCGUUAGGGAAAACGAACAGAAGCCAUCACAAUGAGCCUUGCCGUUUUCGCACCAAAAAGUGUUUUAAUGCUUAAAAUAAUUUUCUAUUAAAAAUAGCUUUUUAUUUCUAAUCUUAGCCAAAUUUUUAACUUUUUAUGAUCAUUAAAAUCUUGCCUCUCAUCAUAUGCUUCACAUUAAAUGUGAGGAAGAUUG